AUGGUAUAUAUGGGAAACUAUUUGCGGUCUCUUAGAAUGAAGUUUGCUCUUUUUGGGGCAGUAAUAUGCUUGCUAAUUCUCGUCACAAUCCAUGAAACUUCAAAGGAAUAUUAUGGCCUAAUCCCAAUUUCUAUGAAGGGUUAUCUUUCAAAUGAAAGGAAUACAGGUAAAGACGUCGAAAAUUUGUGUGCAAAUAAUGUGAAAGCACAAAUAUUCUGGGGCAACCUAUUCGAAACUAUAAGUGCAAAUAGCUUAAACCUUACUAACGAUGAGUUAGAUAAUGCAAUAACUUAUAACACGGUUGCUGAUAGGAAAGAAACGAACACGAGAGACGUUUUGCUUUCGAAGGCAGAUAUUUCUGAGAAAGCAUUUAAAGAAUUCAAAGAGAAACAUAAAACGUUACUUCAAGAAUUACCAUCAGAGAUACCUACCGUGGCCUAUAAACCGGGGUCAAACGGAAUUGUUUUCGUCGGCGGAGGAAGAUUUUCUUGGUUAUCUUAUUUAUCACUUUUAGGUUUAAGAGAAACAGGAUCCAAAAUGCCUGUAGAAAUUAUAAUGCCCAAAUAUGUGGAUUAUGAAGAAGAGAUGGAGUUUUGUACUGAAAUUCUUCCUAAGCUUAAUGCAAAAUGCGUAGUUAUCCCAGAGAUAUUUGGACCUUCGGUAAUGACAAAAUGGAAUAAAAAGAUCAAGUCGUAUCAGUUUAAAUCAUUGGCCUUGAUGGUGUCAUCUUUUCAAAAUGUUUUGUUGUUAGAUUCAGAUAAUAUAGUUAUAGAAAAUCCUGAUCCAUUUUUUGAUAGUGAUCUAUUUAGAACAUAUGGAAUGAUUACCUGGCCUGAUUACUGGAGACGUACAAUUUCUCCUCAUUUUUAUAAUAUAGCAGGUACUGAAGUGAAUGAGAGAAAAAGAGUCAGAUAUGAUAGGCUUCAGAUAGGUUAUGAUGAAAGUGACAAUAAUUUGCAAGAAAAUGAAAAAGAUUCUGUGCCAUUCCAUGACCUAGAUGGAGCUGUACCUAAUUUGUCAACAGAAUCGGGGCAGCUUUUUAUUAAUAAGGAUUCACACGGGAAGACUUUGUUGUUGUCCUUAUAUUAUAAUUUGUAUGGGCCUAAAUUAUAUUAUAAGCUAUUUUCGUUGGGGGAAUUAGGAGAAGGUGACAAAGAUUCGUUUGCAGCAGCCGCGACUGUUUUAAAACAAGAUUUCUAUCAAUUGAAAUCCUCUAUUAAAGGAAUUGGGCAUUUUGAUAAAGACGACCAUUUUCAGGGGAAAGCGAUGGCACAAAAGAAUCCUCUUAGAGAUUAUGAAAUAUUCAAGGAAAGAGUAUCAAAGCCUCUUAUUGAACAAGAAAAAAACAAGAUGCCGCUAAAUGAACGUGUGCAACACGCAAAAAAAGUGAUAAGAAAUCAUUUUACUUCAAACAAUGAUAAUCCUAUUUUUGCAAUGCACUGCCAUUAUCCAAAACUUGAUCCUGCUGAUAUAAUGCAAAGAGACAGCAUUUACGAUAAAGAAGAAAAAAGGUUGCAUUACAGGAUGUACAAAGGCUUUUCAUUUGAAAGAAAUUCAAACGAGGGUAAUACAACAAUUGAUUUCGAAUUAACACAAUGGACUAAUAUGCAAAGAGCAUUAUGCACUGAGAAACUCUAUUUUAGACAUUUUGGCCAUGAUAAUCAAGAGUUGUGCGAAUUUAUAAAUAACCAGGUCAGCUGGCUAUCGAAUUCUUAA